AUGGUAGCUCUGUACAAUCCGACCCAAGAGGGUUCUAAUCUAGAUAUCCUUGACAAUGACAAUCGAAAUACCCUGGAUCGAGCAGUGAGAAAUGUUUUGGGCACAGAACCAGCUGAGCGCGCAUACGCCCAGAUUCUCGAUGGCUUGCCCACUGAGCAGUCACUCAGGGACAGCCAGGACUAUGUAAAAGACCACCCCGUUCACAGCACUGAGCAUAGCGAGAUCUGCCCUGGAUACAAAGAAAAAGCUCGCGAGUUCAGAAAUGGCUUCGACCUUUCUCAAUUACAGUUCGAAUCCAAGACACUGGCGCAUUUCCAAAAUACAGUUUCGGGCUCAGAACAAUUCCAUCUUCGUUUGAUAGAGCUUGUCGUCACAGCGUGUCACCAAAUUGGUGCCUACCUCUUCGAGCUUGACGAAGGCGCACACAAACACAAAUUUUACCAAGACUGGAGGGAGAAGGUGUUGUAUGAGAAAGAAAGCGGUGUACAGUCACUCAGAUUCUACGAUCCUCCACCUAUCGCCUUUUGCCACAAAGUAUAUCGGUAUUCUGAGCAAUAUCCGAGAGGAGUUGCCGAUGUGGCUGGUUAUUGGGCCGAAUCGAAGAUUUUUGGCGGUGUCUUUGUGUUUGACCGGGGCGAGGGUGAAGAAGACUGUAAAGCUUUGUGGAUUCAUGGAGAUUUGGUCAGAGGUCCAGAGACUCUCUAUCCGCCAACCAAAGAACAGUUUGACGCCCUAAUAGCAUUUCUCGCUAUGCCGGUGGAAGAAGACAAAGUAUGCCCAUUCCCAAUCCACGGAACACGCAUCAAUCGACCACGUUGGCAUCCUUAUCAUGCUUUCGCAUAUCACCAUAUCUUCCGCGAUAGGUAUGAAAGGAAGCUUCCGCCACAUCCGCCGCAAGUGGGAUGUGUUGGAGAAGGAAUCGACUGGCCAGAGCUCAACGAUAGGAGGAUUCUUUUGCUAGGGGGAUUUUCUGACUCUGGUGUUGGUGAAGAAGAGUAUGCGGCCGCGGAAGAGAGGAUAUGCAAUAUCACGCCGUCUUCACCACUGUGGACAUCAUUUGGGAACGGUUCUUGA